GGCAGCGCGAGCGGCCAGCGGGCCCAGCGGGGGGUCUGGUCAGGAAAAUGGCUCCACUUUCUGAAGCUGUCUUGGAUAUGAUCAAAAGCUUGAGAAGAAAUUGGCACAGCCUUUGUCCUUCUGAGAGGACUACUGUGUGUGGUGCUGAUUUUAUGCUCGAGGCUUUGCAGCUGUCUAUGGCAGAAAUCAAUAAACAGCACUCUGGGGAAUUCACCGUCUCUCUUAGUGAUGUAUUGGUGGCUUGGAAACACUUACUGCAUGAGAAACUAGACUUGCCAUUUGAAGAUAUGGAAGUGGUUGAACAUUAUAAAGACAUCAGAAAGACCUAUGAUUCUUUUUUGAAGAACAGUAACAUUCUUGACCUGAUUGACGUGUACCAGAAGUGUCAAACAUUGACUUCUACUUGUGAAAAUAAAGUGAUGUCUCCUGUACAACUAUUAGAUUUCAUAUCUGGCAGAUCAUGUAUAUCCUAUGAAAAUAUAAAUCUUUCUGGAUCAGAAUCUCCAGCCAGUAAAUGCAACUUGGAUAAUAAAAAGGUACAGUCAAUAGCAAGGAAAAUUAUCUGCUCAUAUUUAAGCCUGUUGGUGAAUUCAAAGAAUGACUUAGCCUUGGCUCAUAUCAUUAACGUUCCUGACAGAGGACUUGGAAGAGAAGCCUUCACGGAUCUCAAACAUGCUGCUCAGGAAAAGCAAAUGUCUGUCUUCCUGGUUGCCACCUCGUUCAUUAGGAUGAUAGAGCUUGGAGGGAAAGGAUAUGCACCUUCCCCAUCUGAUCCUCUCAGGACACAUGGAAAGGGGUUAAAUAAUUUUAUUAUUUUCAUGGACAAACUGGAAGAAAUUCUAGGAGAAAUACCAAAUCCAAGAAUGGCAGGAGGUCGGAUACUCUCGGCAAUAAAGACAGAGUUGAUAAAAGGCCGAAGCAGUGGGGAUCCAUUCCGGCAAGCAACAGAAGAAGUUACUCAGGAUUUGGAUUUGAGGAUUAAAAACAUUAUCAACUCUCAACAAGAAGACAGAGUUGUUAACACCACUGGCAGCAGCCCAGCACGGCCAAAAUCGUAUGCCAUUAAUCAUGGCACUGCCUACUGUGGCAGAGAGACGGUGAAGAUUUUACUUGUUCUCUUGGAUGAAGAAGCAUCGAAUCCUCCCACUGAAAACAAAGCAGACCUUUUGUAUGGGGAAGAAAAUACAACUUCAUACACUGGCACUCCUAUCCUGACUCUUUUUAGUUCUCCAACACAAGCAAAUGAAUUCCUGAUCAAGCCUUUAAGAGAACGUGUUCAGAAAUCUAUGGAAGAGAAAAGAAUAAAGAUGAAACAAACCUUAAUUAGGUCCCAAUUUGCUUGCACUUACAAAGAGGACUUCAUGACCAGCCAUGAGAGAUGCAGCUGGAGGAACCAGACAGAAGACGAGCCAGCAUGCACGCCUCACCUGCAAAAUGCCCUUACUGAAGGCACGGAUUCAUUUGAUGGAGUACCAACCCUUGGAACAAAUUCUGGAAAUGUUCAGCUGAACAGAAGUAAAAAUGAAAGAUUAUCCAAAAAAUCAAGUGGUCAGACAGGAAACAAGGGCCCCAAGAGGAAACAGGUGGAUUUGAAUGGUGACAAUGGCCUCUGUGAUCAUGAAAAUGAACUGUCUCGGCUCCAAAUGAGUAAGAUCCCUAAGUCGUCGAGCAAUCUACAGAGUAAAUCAAACCAAAUUCUAGCCAGAUCAGCAGUAAAAGGCUGCAAGCCAGCCACCAAGAAUAAAUUGAUUGCAGGGCAGACAAAAUUAACUCAGUUUUUUAGACUCUGAAUUUGUCUCUUUUGUUCCCUGGGUGUCUGUAUUAGUCACUACCAAAAACCAAGUCAUCAGCGAAAAGGUCAUGACUAUCACCUUUGGAAAGAUCAACAUGUCAAGUACACUAGUGCUUUGUCUGAUUGAAAUGUAGAACAUAGAAGGUGUUACAUCAGUCAAACAGACAAAUGAAUCAUGAUUGUGCUGAAUUCUCACAAAGUUUAUUAUACGGCAAAAUGAUUACAUUUAGUUUACCCAGGAAAAAUCUCAACUGUUUGUUCCAAAAUACAAACAUUGAUCACAUGUACAUUUACGAAGCACAGGAACUUUCAUGUUUUGUUUCACUGGCACCUAAACAGCUUUGUUUUCUUGGGAAAAGAUGAUGUAGGCCUGCAGGUAUCAGAUUUGCCAGCAAGGUCGAUAGACUCUUCCCAGCAUGCACCUGAGCACUGUGUAGGGAGAAAAGAAUUCCAAAAGUUUAGAUUGUUAAAAGAACUACAUUACAGUGACUAAACUAGAAGUACAAGAAUGAUUCGAUUAAUGUAGUAAUUCUGAGUAAACAGAAUUGCUAUAAUUUCAUCAGUAUUAGUUAACUUACUGUGUGCUAAGUGCUUUAUA